AUGGGACUUGACGACUUCGUUGCGCUUCAAUCAGAGUAUCCAAAGCCAAAAUAUCUGCCAUCCCUCGCGGCGAAUGAUCCGAUCGUUCAGGCCAUUACGAACAAGUGUGGGGCAGGACAAGUCUUGUCGUUCCACCUGCUGGACAAACGAUGGAAUGGGAACUAUAUCAUGCGAUAUGCAACAUCCGAUGGCGAUCUGUUUGUGAAGCUGAAUCACGAGGAGAACAAGUCUGUCUUCGUUGCGGAGGCGGUCGGUCUCACAUCGCUCCUCAAGUCAGGAGCUGUCCGUGCCCCGAAACCACUGCAUGUCGGAGAAAUCCAUGGAGGAGAGGAUGGGAGAGGCUCGUUCUUGAUCACCGAGUUCCUGGAGCUGUCUCCCUUUGGAAGCAUGACCACAACUAAUCAAAGGAUCCUCGGAGAGCAGAUCGCCAGGCUUCACACUAGCGGAAAUCUUGACGACAUUCACAAGGGACGGUUCGGGUUCAUGGUGAACAACUUUCAUUCCCGUACGCCUCUUGACAACACUUGGAGCUCCACGUGGGUUGAAUUCUUCACUCGAAGAUUGACGUCGCAACUUGGCAUGCUGCAGAAGGAACAGGUUUCUCGAUCUUGCUACACUCGAUCUUGCUACAUGAUGAGUUCUGACUUUAAUCAAACCUUUGUCAGCCUUCUAUCACGGGUCAUCGACCAACUUCCACAUGAUUUUAACAAGCUGGCCAUCACACCUUCGCUCUUGCACGGUGAUUUGUGGAUCGGGAAUGCGGGUGCCACAACCGACGGUCCUGUCCUCUUCGAUCCAGCCUGUUUCUUUGGUCACUCGGAGUUCGAUCUUGCAAUCAUGAAGAUCUUCGGGGGAUUCUCCGACGAGUUCUUCCAGGCAUACUAUGAAAUCUUGCCACAAGAAGAGGGUUUCGAGCAGCGAGAGCGAUACUACCUGCUCUACAACUAUCUGAAUCAGCUGAACCUGUUCGGAGACGAGAAAGUCCUUGUGAAAUGCAUCAGUGUAAUGCAAGAGAUCUUGCAGGGAGAUUAG